AUGGUUGCCAUUCAAGAUCAAGAUCUCGUUCAACAAGCCGAGAAUGUGAGAGAUAACUUGGACCUUGUCAAGGCACUUCGUGCUAAUCCCGACAUGGUUGAAUAUGGAGCUUAUAGUCAUGCCACCCAAAGUCAACUGCAACACUCCCUCACCGCUACGGCACUCAGCGGCCCUGGCAUGUUUAUUGUGAAACCUGUCCUCUUUUACAACAAGACCUAUACCGAGUUAACAAGUGUGAUGCACUUGGGAGAGAAUAUCUGUGGCCAUGACGGCAUUAUUCAUGGUGGUUUAGCUGCCACCAUUCUCGAUGAAGCUCUUGCUUGUGUCGCUAUACCCGCUUUACCCAAUAAAUUUGGUUUCACUGCCAACUUGAACGUCAAUUACCGUCGACCCAUCAUGUCCGAUCAAUGGGUUAUGCUCAAGGCUAAAUUAGAUCAAUUACAGGAUCGUAAGGCCUUUGUGUCUGCAUCCAUUCAUUCCCUCGAUGGUGAAACUGUCUUUACCGAAGCCACUUCUUUAUACGUCUCUCCCAAACCCAAAGACUCACCCCAAUAA